AUGGCAGCACCGCCGCUCAAGCCUAUGGCGAGGCCAGGCGCUAACGUGUACCAGCAGGAUGCCACGCUUGCCGACAUCUUCGGAGAGUUGAAGGGGCGGGUGCUCUUGGAGGCGAUAUGGUCGACCUAUCAGGCGCGGAGCAUGGCGCAUGGCAUGGACCAACGGACGGGGUUGGGCCAGGUCGGCGAGAAACAACGAGUGCGCUUCUUCAUCGAUGACAAUUCGACUUCUGGCACGCCGUUUCCGCAGCGCGUGCGGAACAUAGCGCGCCACGAAUACAACCAAAGGUGCCAAAGUGGUGUUAAGAAAGCUUAUGUGGCCAGCGUCAAGAGCCGCGGAGUGGUUGAGGCUGUACGGGGCGAGGCAUGGUUGGUCCAAUCAGCCAGUGCCACUUCUGGCGACAUGGCCCGAGCGCCUUAUCGAGCGCUUUCAUUUGCAUCUUUGUGCGAGAGCUUCUACACCGCGCUCAAUGAGGUUGAAACGGAACUGACGCAGUACAAGCUGCAGAACGGCAUCACAUGGUCACAGAAAGACUACGAGAGCCGGUGUGCCUUUGCUUGUGCUGAGUUCUUGAAGCAACACACCGACUUUGGUGAGGUGUUCAACGAGUGGCGCUUGUUUGAAUCCGCAAGAGCUUGCUACAACUUCUUUGGGAAGAAGUGGAAGCUUCUGGACGGACCUAACGGCUUGGUGACGGUCAUGGGGGAGUGUGUUGACUUCUUGCACCCGCGGCUCCACAACAGCAUUGUGCUGCAAAACAUCCAGCAUGUCACGACGUCAAUCUGCACUGCCUUGUAUGAUGGCCUCAGCGAUGAUGACUUGCGGGUGCUGAUCAUGGAAGCUGCCAAGCUAUGUGUGCCUAUGCUUGACAGUCCGAAUGCGGACACCAACUGGGUGUUUGACACGACGAGCAAAAAGUCAUCAGUGAGCAGGUUUUUCACACUAAUGACCGGGUCUGUCGUCACCUCUGGACAGAAGCCAAACAAGAAGGGCGACAAGGAGAAUGUGCGCCCUGCCAAGAAAGCCAAGGCACGCCCGAGUGCCAAAUCUAGGGGGGCGCCAGUGCCGAACUUGCCCGAGGAGCAGAACGUGUCCAUGGCCACAAUCGCCUGCAGCGUUGGGGUCCGUAAUAAGCUGUGGGUUGAUGAUUUGAUCGGCUGUGUCAACCAUGUCACGCAAAGCAUCCAUGAGAUGGACAAUGAUUUGCCGGUCAUGGAGCUGAAGAGUCACUUGAUCAGGACUGGCUUGAUCUUUGCGAUGACUGGUUCCAUCGUGCUGGAAACACCUUCUGGAACGAAGCAGCAUAAGCGAUGGAGCACGUUGCGCCCCGCGCUCAAGCAACAUGGACUCCACAUGAUGGUCCAGGCACGGCAAAACAUGUACUUACGUUUAUAG